ACACAAAAUUUGAACGAUUGUGAUAAAAAUAGAUAUUUUCGCUUUUAUUUAAAACUUAAAAUACAAGUGUAUGCCAGGUUUCAAAGAAAAAGAAAUAAAUAUAUUGCGGCGUGCUACAGCGAUUUACCUGAUGAGGAUGAUAAGAAGACCCCUGUCCUACUUUUAGGAGUCAACAAGAUAUCAGAUUCCCCUUCCUUUGUCAGAAGAAGAUCGAUAGAUUCCCAUACUUCGGGUUCCAUUAGAUUCUUUCGGCCGCCAAAAUCAAAAUACACAAGAGGACUUCAUGGAGACGAAAGAUUGGAGAAAAUUAGGCAAGAUCUCUUAGUUCACAAACAUAAGCCUGAUAGGUACAUUCCAAGUACGACUCAUGAGGUGUCAGUACAACCUUCAUCCUGCCAAAGACCUUGUCUAAAAUUAAGCUGCGUGGGAAAUUGUAAUUGUGACAGAAAAAAAUCUUCGAACAGAGGAUCAUUCUCUUUUCAUAGACCUGAUAAUCGUCAGUCAUCACUUUGUCCAUCAGAACCUUACGGCAAACUAGAGGAAAAGAAAGAUUAUUCAGAAAACGAUAUCGAAUACAAAUAUACAGAAUACAUUCCAGAUACAGAACCAUCGAGUAGCAAACAGACAUCGUACAACGUGACACCAAAAUCUACAGAACGUAGGCAUUUCUUGCUAUCGAAUUUAAAUGAGAGAUUUCGCAAAACGCUUAGCUUAGAUUCACGUAAAAUUGAAACUAAUCGUGUCCCUUUAAGUCUGCCUCAGGAACAGCGACCAAAAUCUCUAGUUAAUACAAGUAAUAUAUGUGUACAUCAAUUUAAAUCUGGUGACCCUUUUAUACUACCAACUUUUGAUAAAACAAGUCAGCCAAAGAAAAAACGAAAAUCAUUUUUCUCGCUAGACACAUUCUUUGAUUCUAAAAAAUCUGACACGUCAUCCGUCGACGAUUACUGUUCCUCUAAGUAUAAACGUUUCGAGUUAGAGAGCGAUGAUUCGCCACUUUUUAGACGUGAUAUUUCCCAGCAGCAGCAAAGAGAAAAAACUCCUGAUUUAUUAAAUUUACCAGUCAUUAUAGAUUCGGUUCGAAAGAAGCAAUCGGAAACGAGACGUCAAUUGGAUAAGUUAGAAAGCCAUUUCUAUAAAAGUAUAAGCAAAACACAGACUGUUAUAGACGCGGUACCGAAAGACGCCACAGACGUACAAGGCCCAAGCGGACAUACCAAUCAUUUAUUCGUAUACGACGAUGACGUAGAAUACAUUGAACCUAUACGAAGUAAUUUUACCAGUCAAAGUACCUUAAUACUUGACAAGAACAUUCCAGGUGAAUUUACUUUAAAACCUGAUUCAACAUUGACUAUUAAUACUGAGGAUACUGACAUUAAACUACCAAGUUCUACUGUCUCGCCGAAAUCUAAUGAGGUGAGGAACUUUGAAAAUGAUUUAGACAGUAUUGGUGCUUAUGAAAUAGAAGUAAAAGAGGCAGAUCUACUAAAAGAUAAAAACAAGAAUCUGACUAUAAAAGUAAUGGACAAAUCGGUUGAUUCGAUUGGCAGUUGCUCCCUUGACGUCGAUGCUAGUACAGAUUUUUCAGAUACCACAUCUGGAAGCUUGAAUCUCCUGACGCCGUCGUCAACAAAUAGCCGCAUCAGAGACUUCACAUCUCGUAUACAGGAAAGGGCGGGCUCCACGCUGCAGCCGAGCUACCAGCCGACACCCACUCUCACACCCUCCAGGACACCAGACGACGUGACACCAACGCCCAAGAAAGACAAUCUAUUAAAACCACCACCCAAGCUCUAUGUUGAUUCCGGCAGCCACAGAUCACGCGCACAACAAAAGAAACGUGAAGAGCUACCACAAAAGAAACCUAGUUAUCUAAACCUAGCUUGCUCGGUCAACGGCUAUACAAAUCUAACAACAUAUGACUCCAAACUAAGACAAGACAUCAACAAGAGCCGAGAAGCAUCGCCAAUAAGACCAAUUACGCACACGUACCAAUACAAGAGCGAAAACAAUUCGUUACUUGUACCGGUUCCUAUCAGCGCAAACAAACUGCUUGUACCUACCUUCAUUCCUCAUGAUACUGAAGCUGAUUUGACAAAGAAAUCGCCUUCAAAGGCGCACAAAGAUCCUUACAUGUCGUCACCGUCCCAUGCCUACAUGGCCGCAGAGAAUAAACAACUAAAAAACGACUUCCUAGGCUCCAGUAUGACAACCACAACUACUAGGACAUAUGUAUCUAACGAAAAUAAAAAUUUCGCCGCAUCAAUGCUACACAAAGACGAAGUUGAUAAUGCAAAAGAUAUCAGUUUUAAAUCAAGUUAUUCGGAAUCUAAUUUUAGACAAUCAAUUACAACGAAUGGGAAGGACUCACGAUUUAGUGCUGAAUCUUAUACAAUAUCUUCCAAUGGUAUGUCUAAAAGGGUUGAAAUUACUAAAGAAAAUGGUGAAAAACUAACAAGUCCUAUGAAGAGUUUUAUCCAACAACGUGUAGAAAGACUGUACGGGCCGGGAGCGUUAGCACAAGGAUUCUUCAAUCAGAAACGACAUAAAUUUACAAGUCAAAGUGACGGGGAGUGGUCGAAAGUGUUAACGGAGAAAUCAUUAAAUUGUCCAGACAGAUGUCUCGGUCCGAGGAAAUCCUGUAGCAAUAUUGAGAAUGAGGAUAUGUUUUCUAGUCCUAAAGAAUCGGACUCGAGUGUUUUACCAGUUUUAAGACAUUUACGACCUGAGUUCCGAGCACAACUUCCUAUACUGUCUCCUAAGAAAAGCUUAAAAUGUGACCUAUCCCCUCAAAAGGAUGAAAACAUUCCAAAGCCGGAUAAGACUGAUAUUGAAGUUGAAGAUAAAAUAAGUGAUGUGUUGGUAACAAAUGGUGUAUCUGUGAUUACUUUAGACGAUGACAAGGAAGUGGCAAAUGACUCAGUGAACGGCAGUGCAAGUGUGAAUGGUGCUGACAAAGUUAACGGAGAUGUUAUUAAAGAUGCCCAUUAUUUCUUAGAUCUGGAAAAGAAGGAGACGGAGCGACUUAUUGCACUUGCAAUCACUGCUGAAAAGGAAUUGGAGAAUUUACAGAAUGACGAGAACAUCAGCGAGGAGGUAUUUGGGUUACUGCGAGCUGCGUCCGGCAAAGCCCGUCUAUUGGCCACGCAGAAGAUGCAACAAUUUGAAGGCCUCUGUUACAACAACAUCAACGAGCGUCAGGACGAGCCUUUCCCCACGACGUUACAGGACCUGCAGGGCUUCUGGGACAUGGUCCUUCUGCAGGUGCGCAACGUGGACGCACUCUACCAACACAUCGCCAACGUUAAAGCCAAUGGAUGGAAAGAGGUAGCAUCGCCGGUAUCGAAGCCAGCGAGCACGCAGCCCCGCGGGCGAGCGCGCGCUGCUCGCGGCAACAACGAGAAGUCUCAGAAAGCGAAGCUCGCGGCGGAGAAACGUGAGGCGGACCGCAAGGCGAUGUUGGAACAUAGGAGACGCAUGGCUCGCGAGCGGCAGCAGGCCCGAGUUGACCCCGCCGCCGCGCAACCCGCACACACACACCCAGACGGCGCUGCAACACAGGAGGUUGAAAUAUUUGUAGGCAAAAGCAACAAACCCGAUAAAGUUGUGUCACAGACAGACAGCACAAGCAACUUGUCCGGGGAGUCGGUGCAACUCAGCUGAUUUACUUGAAUUUAUUAUAUUGUAAUGCUUUGAUAAACCUCGGUCCCUUAUCACACUCAGACUCGUUUAAUGACCACUUAAACAGCACCUUAGUGUAGAUUUUACUAAAUCUACGCAAAGGUACUCGAUUAGUGGUCCUUUAACAAUUUUGAGUAUGGUAUUAUGUUGCCUGGAAUGAAUUAAUAACAUUAUUUUACAUUAUUUCUUUUAUUAAAUGACAAAUCUUGUGAAGUAAUUUAUUUAAUCUAGUUUUAUAUUUUUUUAUUUAUUUUUUAAACUCAAUUUUAUGAUGUCAAUUGUUUCGUAUUUUAAAGCAAAAAGAAAUGAAGCUGUGAAUUUUUAAAUUAAAUUGUUUGUUCCAAGGCAAUAUAAUAAAAUAUAAAUCCAUGAUUGAUAGAUUAAUAUAAUAAUUUCGGCUCAAUAAUAAAUGAUAGUGAUAAUUCUUUUAAGAUUUUUUGUAUCUGUUGUCCUCAAUGUGUAUUUUAAGUAAAUAUUAACCGACAUUAAAUACUUGGCAAAUAUUGGAACUAACAUUUAAUAUGUACAAAUAAUUUUGCCCAAUAACUUAGCGUCUAUCGUGUAAGUCUUUCGAAUUGUAAUUUAUAUGUAAUUGGGAGAAAUGUUAUGUUAGUUUAGUGUUAUGUAAUAUACAGGAUACUCAAAUACAUUAAAUUUAUAAUAUUCUCCUCUAUUUCUAAUUUUAUUUUAUUAUUUUUAUGUUUAAAUUACUUAUGUCUGAAUAAAUUAUUUUUAAUC